UCUCAAGAAAUUUCAUAUUGCAUUUUAUUUGAAAUUCUAGGCAAGAAAGGUAGGUAGAUAAAUACGUAGUUAGAUUUAAUUCCCAAGUUCCCUUGGUAUUUUACAACAUAGGUACAUAAAUAGAUACAUAAAUUCAUAAGUAUUGUGUUGUAUUUUUAUUUAGAAAUAUUUUAAAUCUGUCCCCAUAAAAAUAUAAAUAUGUAUGUGUAUACAUACACAUAUUUGUAUUAAUAAGUGUAUACACUUAUUAAUACAUGUGCAUAAAUACCUUUCAAUAUUUACCUUACACUAUUAGUUUAGCUUUUAGCUAAUGAUUGUGUUAUACAACUUGCAAAAUGAUGGACAUCCUUAAAUUAAAUACAAAAUCAAUGCUCUCGUUAAUUUGUUAUCAGUGACAUGUGCACUAAUUACUAGAAUUAGCAAAUAAGCGUCCGAACAUGUGCACAUGUAUUUAGAUAAAUCAUACAAAUCAAGCCGUGCUAAUUAUACCUACCAUAUCAUAAAAAAUAUCCAAAUGUAAAGUUGAGUUUUAAUUUAAGUAAGUAUAAACACAGCAUAUGUACGAGCUCGUAAAUAUGUAUUUACUACGUAAUUUCAAAUCGGCAAGAACUAUGUAGGUAUAUAUGCUCGGCCAUGUGUUUAUAGUUUUUCGGAUUUUAACUCCAUUAUAUUUACUUUACCGGAAGUGAUAAAUUUUACUUCAGCCAUAAUUAUGUAGUAUUCAAUUUAAGGAAUUUGUAGGCUUGAAGUGUAUUUGACAUGUGCCCUCUGCUGAACUAUAUGCAUACAACAGAUAUGGUCGCCAGCUUCAAUGUACACACAAAUAUUUAGAUAGGCUUAUCUAAAGUGAUGGGUAGUUACCAAGCGGUAUUCAGAUAUGAUUCUACCAAAGUGGACUUGAUAAGUAAUACCGCGUAGUAAUAGCUCGAUAUUGUUUUACCAUGUCGGUAGUAAAUUUUUGCGAACGGAUGUAGUUUCAUAUCGAGUGGUACCAACUUUAAUAUCGAGAAAUCAAUAUCUGAUUAAAUAUACCGGAUUUUUAAGUGUAUUACGCAGAUGGGUGUGGACCUACGCACAUAACUUUGCAGUGUAGCAAGGUGCAAAUUGUACCAACACUUUGAUUGAUCACUGAGGCAAAUUCCUCUUAAAACCUCAAUCUCGAUAUACAUAAUUUCCGGUUGUAUCAUUUAGCCAAAGUUCAAAAUGAAGCCAUAUCGGUCAGAAACUGUCCGAUUAUUUAACCUUUUAUACUACGCAAGACCGUUUUUCUGGUAUGGACUCCCCAUCCAAGUUUCCGUUAAUGGAAACUGUGUACGUCUCGUCAAAUCGGGCAAGCUUAUCCAUACGAUGGCUCCACUUGCCUUAUCAUUCGUUAACACGAUAGUCCUGGGGUUGGGAAUACCGUGGAGAAUGACAAAUCCGGUCAUCACUAAAAGUCGGCGAUUCAUUUUAUCAGCUUACCAAUGGUUCCUCGUAAUGGAAGUGGUUUACUUUUUCUUAUUUUUCAUGAUUUUAUUGGGAUUCGACGACAUCUUGAUACAAACUUGUAACUUGACGGAUCAAUACAUCCAACAAUUGGGAAAAGCUGUCCCCGCCGAACGAAAGCUAUCCCGUCGUCCCGUCUUUCUCGACCGCAUUAUCCGACUCUUCGUCUGGGCCGGAAACAUAGGCAAAGUAUGCCGACGCAUACUUUGACCGCGUGUUACACCUCGGAAGACAAGAUGGCAUGCAACACUUCAAAGUCUAUCAUCACCUCGCGAUCCUUUAUCGAAUCCCAGUCCCGAUAAAUAAAUUCGGCUCCUUCCUCACAAUUACGAUGACUGGUGUGAGUUCCGUCGGUUUUUCGUACAUCCUUGUCCGAUGGCAUGGGGAAAUUCGGGUAGUAUUUUUACUAAUUUGCGGAUUCGGCCUAUUCACUGCGAACUAUCUGCAAAUGAUGAUUUGUAAUUAUAGCGCCUACGUUAACGACAAGAGUAAAGAAUUAUUGUGUAAGUACAGGAAAGGGUUGGCGAAUAUUGGAGAAGCAAGGAAAAGGAAGGAGAUGGCGAGAUGGAUUAGAAGCAUGGAACCGUUUGCGUUAUGUGUUGGAAUUGGGGAGAUAACCCUUUUCAUUUUGGACAGGGAGAGUAAAGUAUUUGUUUUUAAGACGAUGUUGGAUUAUUCAAUGGAAACGGUUUUCACGUAGCUUGUAUAAAUAAGUUCUGGUACAAUUGAUUUAUUGUCAAAUAUGCUACAGAAUAGUGAGACAGUUGACGCAGUCCUUGGUAUAAAAUCCGUAAACUUAUGUAUAUAAAUACUUCCGAGGAAAAUUAACUUAUUUAGUUUUUAUAAACUUACUCACAAAGGGAAGGUCCCCGACUGCUUAUCGUGUCCAGG